UUAAGCCACAUCCCCAGCCCCUCUCAUUUGGUUUUGAAAUACUAUUCCUAUCUCAAUGGCAUCUUCCCUUUCAGGGUCCUUACCUGGAUGCUCUUUGUUUACUGAAUUUCUAAACACUGGAGCAUACCCAGGUUUAAUUGACCUUCUUUUCUGUCUUCAUGAAUUCCCUUGGUAAACUUUCCAGUCUUAUGCUUCCUAAUUUAUAUCUCUAGUCCUGAAAUAUGAACUUACACAUCUAACACUUAAAUAGCAUCUCAAAAUAUACCUGUGCAAACUGAACUCUUGAUUCCUCCAUUGCCUUAACUUGCUCUUUCUUCAGUCAUUUCCAUCUCAGUAAAUGGCAACUCCUUUGUUUCAGUUGCUCAACACAAAAAUCUUGGAGUCAUCCUUGACUCAAUCUGCUUUAUACUCUGAGUUAAGCCAUCAGCAAAUUCUGUCCCUCAAUCUUCAAUAGGUAGACUCUUAUCCAAUCUCACUACUCUACUGCUACAUGCUAAUAGGAGCCACCAUCAACUCUUGCUUUCAUUCCUGUAAUAGCCUCCUAUUUGACUCCUUGCUUCUAAGCUUUUCCCCACAGUCUGUUCCUGUUCUCCAUAUAGCACAAGGGGCCAUCCUUUCUAAAAAGGAAGUUAAAUAAGUUCAUUACCCAGCUAGAAGUUUUCCAGUCAUUCCUCAUCUCACUUGAAUCAAGCCAAAAUCUUUACAGUGGUCUACAAGGCCUCAGGUGAUUUAACCCUGUUCCUUCCUAGUACUCCAACUUUGUUGCCUACCAUUGUCUCCCUUAUGUAUUCCUCCCCCUUAGCCAUACUGACCUCUUUGCUGAUUAUUUGAAAAUAACAAGAAUGCUACUUUUUCAGGGUCUGUACACCUGUUUUUCUGUCUUCUGGAAUGCCCUUCCUUAGAUAUCUCUAUGCCUUUGUUCCUUCACUUCCUCAUCUGUCCCCUUAUAUAAAAUAGAAUCCCAUCACCAAUCUCCUUUAUCCUGCCUUAUUUUUCCCUCUGUAUCAUCUUUGACCACAGAUAACAUUGUGUGUGUGUGUGUGUGUGUGUGCGUGUGCACACAUGCACUGGAGAUUAAAUCCAGAGCCUCAAGCAUUCUAGACAAACACUAUGUCACUGAGCCAUAUUCCCCACCCAACCACAGAUAUAAAAGCUUGAAAUGAACCAGGUAUGGAGGUGCACGCCUGUAAUCCCUGUGGCUCAGGAGGUGGAGGCAGGAGGAUCACGAGUUAAAAGCCAGUCUCAGCAAUUUAGUGAGGCGCUAAGCAACUCAGUGAGACCCUGUCUCUAAUAAAAUGCAAAAAUAGGGCUAGGGAUGUGGCUCAGUGGUCUAGGGCCCCUGAGUUCAAUCCCCAGUACACCCUCCUCCCCCCAAAAAAGCUUGAAAUGGAAAAUCAGGAGAAAACCACCCUCCUGGAGUAAGCAUGGGGAGAGAUGUUGGAGGGAGAGGAGCCUUGUUUUGACCUUGGGAUAUGGGAAGGAAGAAGGGAAUCAGGGAGUUUUGUGGACAGAGGAGUCUACUUCCUUUGAAGCAACUGCCUGUUAGGCUGGAAAGGCACAGCCCAUCCAUCAGCCCCCUGUAGAAAAGGGAGCAAAAUUCUCUCUAGGGUAAUCCUGAAGAUUUGUUGGGGCCAACUGCCAAAUGUUGGGGGGCUUCCCCAGAGACCACCAGAAUCUGGCUCUGGAUACUUUGGUGCCUCCAGGUGGUAGCCUGUGGUGCUGCAGCAGAAUGUGUGUGAGGUGGAGGGUAGGCAGCACAGCUGAGCUCACCACCAAGCGAGCGCAUCCAUUCCUCCCGGGCCUAUAAUUUGGGUUCCCCUGGCCUGGCCGCCCCUAUCAGCGGCUUAGCAACAGAUGAGUCACCCAAGACCCCGGGCCAAGGCAAACAUGAGGGGAGGAGGAGGAGGAGGUUCCCGAGGCUGUGACUGGGUUUAGCCACCGCCUCAGUUACUUGAUUCCCCCAAUCUCCAGGGGCCCCCACUUUUUUCUUUGACCCCCGCCCUCCAGGGCCCCAGUGUUCUUCCCACAUUGUUCUGUUACGCCCUCCAUCCUCAUGAAUGGAAGAGCAGCCCUUUAUUCUUCUCAUUGAGAGGAAUGGGGACCAGCUUGCUCCCACUCCCUUGCUGCAGUGAUGACAGACCCCCAUUCGCCCCCUCCUGUCAUAGCCCCAACCCUAGUCAAGGUCUCUCUGGUUCCUGCCCCUCCCCUUUCCUGGAGCUGGCCGCGUGCUUCGGGUAUUAGGCAAUGGGUGUGCACCCGCAGCCCUCUCCAGGCCCCGCCUGUCCCACCGCUCUCUAGCUGCCUGCGGGUCAGUGCUCAGGCCAGCCGGUCGGGCUGAGGGCACUGUGGGCCAGCUCAGGCCACCCAGUCAGCCUGCUUGUGGCCUCCUAUCCCAGAGCUAGGCUUCAGUGAGGAGAGGGAGCAGGCAUAUGCAUCCUUGGAUUUGAAACAUCCACCUUGGACAGCCACCCAAUCACUGAGAUGUUGAAACUUAUGGCAAUAGUUCUGACCCCGGUCCCAUCUUGUCACCUGCCUGGAGUCUGAGGAUAGAAUCAAAGGCAAAAACAAAAACAAACUAAAACUGGACAAAAUCCAAAACUUGAGGGAGACCAGAGACUCAUGAAGAAAUACAAAUGUGUAUGAGGUCCCCAUGGAGAAAAGGGGCAUAGGAAACUUCAUUACCUCCUCUUCCAGGGACCUGGGUGGAAUCCCAGGCUGACAUGAGGAAAAAGGAUGAGGACACUGGUAGGAAUCACUGAAUCCAGGUGUAAGGAUGAAAGCUACAAGACAGGGCUUUCAGAUUCUGGUGACCUCAACAGUCACACGUGUUUGGGUCGCAUCCUAUAAAUAGGAAGGCUGUUCAGGAGUUCUUGGCCUUCUUCUUCCCACCCCAGAGAUGGGGAAUAAAAGAAAAGCAACCAUUUGUGGUCCAUGCUGUCCAAUGUCAGGAACUAUGGCACUUACUUCCCUAGACUGUUCAGUAUGUGCCCAGUAAACAUCCCAGUAGAUUUAAGUUCCUGAUUUCUCUCAGACUGCUAUGCCCCUUAGCCAGGAGUGCCCCCUUCAGCAUAAGGCAGGACCUGCCACAGCACAGACUCCAGGCUGGCUGCCCAGCAGAGCUGUUGCCACCACCAAGGAAGAGGUGAUUGUGGCUGUGGGUAUCAUCUCCGUCCUUCUGCUUACUUGGUUGGGGGGCUGGUCUCUGAGUCAAUGCGCUUGAGUGCACAGGGCCAGCAGUGCCUUAGGCUGUGGUCUGGCAGGGGCUGGGGGCGGUUGGGAAGCCUGGGGCCCCUCUCUGGCAAAAAUAGUCCGCAGUGGUUAGAGCUACUAGGGUGAGUCAGGCGGGAGUGCAUCGGCGACUAACCCCUUCGCUGCCGCUGGAGCUACCUAAGGCAUUUUGUCUUGCUUGUGCACCCCAAGACCAGAUUACUUCCCAGCUCUCCCUGAGCUAGGCUCAAUUUGGGAUUCUGAAGCACUCCUCAGCCCAUGUGAAGCAAGACUGUAUUCCUGGAGCAGGAAUACAGUCCUCCCAAGUGCAAAGCCAGGAAUCCACGAAUGAUAGGAGACCUCUUUGGGCAGUAUGCCUACGGAGGAAGACAAGCAUAGGCGCGAGAUACAGAUCUUUGGGGCUACCUGAACCUUUUGACUAGAGUCAAAUUCUCCCAGGCGGUUGGGGUAGGGUUGGGAGGUGGGCAGGAGCCAAGCCACUUGGUCUCAUUGGCUUUUUCUGCAGGUACUGAGUGCCCUGCUGUGUGCUCACCUUGUGGGUUCUAUAAGUGACUGUCAAACGCCUGAAGGAGAAGAUGAUCCAGAUCCCUCCUCCCCUUGUCAAAGAGCUGUCCACCCAUCCCACUGUCGGUGGGAGAAACUGAGGCAAAGAGCAAUGAAAGAUUUGGUCACUUGGGCUGGGUCCUGGCUCCCUAAUCUGGGCCAGGCAUCCUCCCUAUACGUCCUUAGUGACCCCAGAGCAGGUGAAAGAAACUCCGGCCACCUCCUCUUUCAGGAGGACCAAGCGUGAACCCAGGCGUCGGGGGAGAGGGUGUGUGUGCGCGCGCGCUGGGAAGAGGGGGAGCGGCUGCGUUCCCCUAGUCAAAGGGGGGUGGGGUGGGGAUGCCCCGGGCUCGGGGAGGGGCCAUAGCUUCGUCAGCCCUAGCAGAGCCACCCGUCAGUUCGGCUCGAGCAGAGCCAGAGCCCCCAGUGCUUUGCUCGCCCGCUCGUUCGCUAGCCCUUUCGAUCACUCCCUCUUUCCCUCCCUCCCUUCCUCCCGGCGGCGCUGGGGAAGCGGCGAAGAGGAGUGGCCCGGCUCUGGAAGAAUGCAGCUCUGCCGAAGGGGCAGAACCCGUCGCAGUCACCCCACGGUUUAAGCAGUCCGAGCGGAGCCCAGGCGACCCAACCGUGUGGGUCACGGACUCUGCACCCGAACCGCUGGAGGCGCUGAUCAUCUGCGCACCGGAGCCUCCGGGCUUCGACAUGCUGGAGGAGCCCCGGCAGCGGCCUCCGCCCUCGGGCUUCGCGGGUCUUCUAUUCCUGGCCUUGUGCAGUAGGGCUCUAAGCAAUGAGAUUCUGGGCCUGAAACUGCCGGGCGAGCCGUCGCUGACGGCCAACACCGUGUGCUUGACGCUGUCGGGUUUGAGCAAGCGGCAGCUAGGCCUGUGCCUGCGCAGCCCCGACGUGACGGCGUCCGCCCUUCAAGGUCUGCAUAUCGCUGUCCACGAGUGUCAGUACCAGCUGCGCGACCAGCGCUGGAACUGCUCGGCGCUCGAGGGCGGCGGCCGCCUGCCGCACCACAGCGCCAUCCUGAAGCGUGGUUUCCGUGAGAGUGCUUUCUCCUUCUCCAUGUUGGCGGCUGGAGUCAUGCAUGCUGUUGCCACUGCCUGCAGCCUGGGCAAGCUGGUGAGCUGUGGCUGUGGCUGGAAGGGCAGUGGUGAGCAGGAUCGGCUGAGGGCCAAACUGCUGCAGUUGCAGGCACUGUCCCGGGGCAAGAGUUUUCCCCACUCCCUGCCCAGCCCUGUCCCAGGCUCAAGCCCCAGUUCUGGCCCCCAGGACACAUGGGAAUGGGGUGGCUGUAACCAUGACAUGGACUUUGGAGAGAAGUUCUCUCGGGAUUUUUUGGAUUCCAGGGAAGGUCCUCGGGACAUCCAGGCACGGAUGAGAAUUCACAACAACAGGGUGGGACGCCAGGUGGUAACUGAAAACCUAAAGCGGAAAUGUAAGUGCCAUGGCACUUCAGGCAGCUGCCAGUUCAAGACAUGCUGGAGAGCGGUCCCAGAGUUCCGGGCUGUGGGGGCAGCAUUGAGGGAGCGAUUGGGUCGAGCCAUCUUCAUUGAUACCCACAACCGCAAUUCUGGAGCCUUCCAACCCCGCCUGCGUCCUCGACGCCUCUCAGGAGAGCUGGUCUACUUUGAAAAAUCUCCUGACUUCUGUGAGCGAGACCCCACAGUGGGCUCCCCAGGCACAAGGGGCCGAGCCUGCAACAAGACCAGCCAUCUGUUGGAUGGCUGUGGCAGUCUAUGCUGUGGCCGAGGGCACAAUGUGCUCCGGCAGACAAGAGUUGAGCGCUGCCAUUGCCGUUUCCACUGGUGCUGCUAUGUGCUGUGUGAGGAGUGCAAAGUCACAGAGUGGGUCAAUGUAUGUAAGUGAGGGUGAGCCUGACCCUGGCACUAGGUAAAGGUACUGUGUGAAAGGGCAGCUUUUCAGCCCUUUGCUCUGAUUUCUGUUUAGGGUCAAUCUUGACACCCUGGAAGUUCAAAGUAUCUAUCUGGAAAUGGCUUUGGGAGUGGUGAGGUUUAGGUGAGGUCUGUGAUGUGCGGCCUUUUCCCCAUAGUUGCAGGGUGGUUGGGGAAACUGUUACCCCUAUUUUGCUCCUUAAACAUCUGAAUGGACUAAGAUGAAAUGCACUGUCAUGCUCCCCUCUUCUCAAAUCCAGGGCCCCUUCUCAACUCCAGGCUUCUGUUGUUCAUACUCCUUUUGGUGUGGGGGGGGAUAUUCCUUAAGGUUUGGCUGUCCUCUCCCUUAAGGGAUAGUCCAAGCAUUGUGUGGAGCCAUUAAGACCAGUUUCUAGAAAGGAACCACCACUCAUGUUAGCUUUCCCAUAAUUCUCUACCACAGCCUAGACUUUCUCUUGUGGGGUCAAGGGAGACAGUAGGAGUAGAGAAGUUUUUCUUGGGGAAGGAACAGAGUACUAGAGAGUACUCUCCCACAAAUCUCACAAAAACUAUCCAUGUAGACCCUUAGGGAAGUUGUUUCCUUCCAUUCAGAUGUUAAAGGGGACCUGCCAAAGGAAGGGUUUACCUAAGAUUCUUGGAGCCUGUUUUUUCUUCUUUAGCAGGAGGAAUGGGAAUGGAUAAUUUAUUGUACUGAGACUUGUUCUUGGUUCCAGUUUGAAACUAAAAUAAAUUAAGUUACUGAA